CGGUCACUCUAUUUUUAAUUUCAAAUGUACCGCGUGAAAUGGUGCAGAUACUGUUCACAAAUAUAUUUUAUAGUGAUUUAAAUUUGUUAACCCAUAGUAACAUAGUAGAAUACAACAAUAACAUUAAAACUAGUCAUCUUAUUUUGUUUUCUAUUAAAUUAUUAAAGAAAGGAAUACGGUAGUUCAUUGCUUCGAAGACAUACAUACAAGUUGAAAUAAAGUUACUCAAGGUUCUAAGGAAGCAUGUUACGCUCCUGAAUAAUACGGUACGUUGUGUCGACAAUCGGGUAUGGGGGGGACUACUUUCCGUUGAGGAGGUGAGCGUGCGUGUGCGUCUCGCGGUCGAGACCUCGCAAGAGAGAAAAUGAAAUCUGAAAUGGUUACUGCCGCGCUAUGACCCUAAAAAGUAAAUGUUUCUCUUUGUCUGUGAGUGAAUAAUGAACGAUUGGUCAGGCAAAAUGGAGGGCAGCGGGUCCAAAAACGAGACUGCAAUUGCACCAGAGCUGUACUUCCUAAUUGCCAAAUUCUUAGCGGCGGGACCUUGUUGUGAAGCCGCUGACGUGCUGAAGCGUGAAUUGGAGCGAGCUAAGGUUUUGCCGCAAAGAAUAGAUUGGGAAGGGCAUGUACAUAAUCAAACGUUUGAAGAGUUGGAGAAAAAGUAUUCACAUAUUGGACCAAAUCAUUUGUUACAAAUAUGUGCCAGAAUUGGUCCAGUAUUAGAAAAAGAAGUACCACCAUGUAUACCAGGAGCAAUAUCUCUUCUUGGUGUAGGAAGACAAUCUUUGCUACGUACAUACGAAGAUGUCCAGCGCCAGAUACAUCGAAUCUUUACUUAUUCUGGCAGGAUAGGUGGAAAACCUUUUUUGAAAUCACCUUAUAGUUUAUCAGUGCCUAAUAUAGUAUAUGUGCUUCAAGGACGGGAAAAUUCAGGAUCUUUGAGUCGGCGGGAAGCAAUACCAACAAAAUUCUACAAUAAAAUGCAGUUGUAUCGACAUACGUUAGGACAUUUAUCUGCAGUAUAUUGUGUUCUUUUCGAUCGUACUGGAAAAUAUAUAAUAACUGGUGCAGAUGACUUACUUGUUAAAGUAUGGAGUUCCAUUGAUGGACGAUUAUUAGCUACUUUCCGAGGAGCAUCAGCUGAAAUUAUGGAUAUCGCUGUAAAUUUUGACAAUACUUUACUUGCUGCUGGAAGUUUAGAUCGAAUAUUAAGAGUUUGGUGUUUUCAAACAAUGUCUCCUAUUGCAGUUCUAUCUGGACAUUCUGGUAUGAUUACAUCUGUAAAUUUUUGUCCUAUAUCUUGCAAUGGUGUAUAUUAUCUAGUUUCUACAAGUACAGAUGGGUCUGUUGCUUUUUGGUCCCAUACAAAAAAAGGGAAGGAAAGAGCACUCUUUCAACCAAAACCAAUUCAGUACCAUGAAAAAAUGCGACCCGGUCAGGCACAGAUGAUAUGUGCUUCAUUUAGCCCCGGUGGUGCAUUUAUGGCAGCUGGUUCAGCAGACCAUCAUGUUAGAGUAUAUGCGAUGUUAGGAGAUGAAGGUCCACGUAGAGUUUUGGAGGUUGAAGCAAAUACUGAUACAGUUGAUAGUAUUCAAUGGGCACACAGUGGUUUAAAGUUUAUUUCUGGUUCUAAAGAUGGUACUGCAAAUGUAUGGCAUUUUGAACAACAGCAGUGGAUGUACAAACGUUUAUUGAUGACCACUAAACUGCCUGGAGAAACAGAAUCAGAAGAUGAUUCUAAUAAAAAAGCCAAGGUGACUAUGGUUAGUUGGGAUGUAAGUGAUGAAUGGGUUAUCACAGCUGUAAACGAUAGUUCACUCAAAGUAUGGAACGCAAAAUCAGGUGAACUUGUGAAAGUUUUGCGUGGACAUAAAGAUGAAGUUUUUGUAUUAGAAUCUCAUCCGAUAGAUCCCCGUGUUAUAUUAAGUGCCGGGCAUGACGGGCAACUUAUAAUUUGGGAUGUUUUAAACACAGAACCAAUAGCUUGUUUUCAAAAUUUUAUUGAAGGACAAGGUAAUGGUGCCGUUUUUGAUGCAAAGUGGUCCCCAGAUGGAACAAUGUUAGCCGCAACAGAUUCUCAUGGGCACCUUUUAAUAUAUGGAUUUGGAUCUGGCGUUUCAAAACUUAAGAUAGUACCUAAAGAAUUAUUUUUCCAUACGGAUUAUAGACCAUUAAUUCGAGAUGCAAAUAAUUAUGUUUUGGAUGAACAAACCCAGACUGCACCUCAUUUAAUGCCUCCGCCAUUUUUAGUGGAUGUCGAUGGAAAUCCUUAUCCACCGGCAUUGCAAAGAUUAGUUCCUGGAAGAGAGAACUGUAGAGGAGAACAAUUAGUACCUAAUAUUGCAGUAGGUGCAGGAGGAAUGCAAGAAGUUAUAGAAGGUCUUCCAUCUCAAGAACCGCGAUCUAAUAUCGACCAAUUAAUUGAAGCUCUUGCACAGAGGCAAAAUAUUAAUGCUGAAGGAGAAGAAAUAGGUAAUGAUAGGGAAGAAAAUUUAGCGGAACAACCAGUUCGUCAUAUGGCUAGCCCUCGGGGUAGUAGAUCUGGCUUGAGAAGAGUUGGAGAUGUCGAAGGUGUACGACAAAGUAGCGGUAAUUGGCAAAGAGAUAAUACUACACCUUGGAAUAAGCCUAUUCUUGCUCGACCAAUGAAUCCAGCUGUUAGGGAAACACAAUUUGACGCUCUGGAUGCAAUGGCAGAGAUGGAACUUGAUAAUUGGAGACGCGAAAUGCGAAAAAGACCACAACCAGUAUCAGAUACUGCCAAUACUGAAGGAAAUAUAAGUAGUCGAUUAGCAAAUCGAAAACGUAAUAGAACUGCUAGACAUGGUUAUAGAACACGAGCUACGCGUGGCGAAGAACACGAAGACGAAGAAUUUGAGAAUCCUGAUAAUGUAGGCACAAGCGGAAGUUCGAGCAGUAGCAAUAGUAAUGAUUCCACUGCUCAUGAAGAAGAUCUGUGUUCUGACAGUUCAACUUCAGAAUCUAGUACUGAAUAUUCAGAUUGGAUCGCCGAUCAUGGUUUAAAUCUAGAACCACCAAAACGAAGUAAACGUAAACCUGUCAAAAAGCGAUCUCUUACUCCUCCUAGUGAAACAGAUAAAAGACGUAGUAGACGUCCUAAAAAAAAGGAUAUUCCUGUACCUAAUGGUAUCGACGAUGUCCCAGAAGUUUUUAGACCUUCGGAAUGGCUCACUGAAAUAAUACCAAGGAAAGCUCCGUAUUAUCCGCAAAUGGGCGAUGAAAUAGUAUACUUUCGCCAAGGGCAUCAGUUCUAUUUAGAUGCCGUCAGAAAUAAAAAAGUGUACGAGCUUGGUCCACGAUGUGAACCCUGGAGUAAAGUUAAUAUAAGAGCCCAGGAAUUUGUGAAGGUAGUAGGUAUUAAGUAUGAAAUUCGUCCACCUAGACUAUGUUGUUUAAAAUUGGCAUUGAUGGAUGAAAGUGGCAGAUUAAGUGGAGAAAAUUUCACUAUUAAAUAUCACGACAUGGCUGAUGUAUUGGACUUUCUGGUUUUACGACAAACUUUCGACACAGCUUUGGCGCGUAGUUGGUCCGAAGGUGAUCGAUUUCGUUGUAUGAUCGACGAUGGCUGGUGGAUGGGUCAAAUACAAUCGAUGGAACCCUUGGAUGAAGAUUUUCCAGAAUCUUUCUUCAUGUGUUUCCGUGUGAGAUGGGAUAACGGCGAAUACGAGAGAAUGAGUCCCUGGGAUCUAGAACCAAUUGAUGAAAACAGACUUCCUGCACAACUUGGAGGUGCAGUUCCUGUGCUUCCAGAAGAAAUACAAGCGAUAUUAUAUCAACCUCACGCGGAAGAAUGGCCAAUGGGAGACAGGGAAGCCACGUGUCGUAGGAUCAUACGUGGAUUAGACCAAGUGAUGACCCUUGCAAUUGCGGAACCAUUUGUGGCACCUGUUGAUCUGAAUAUAUAUCCUACAUAUGCAUUUGUCGUGGAGUAUCCCAUUGAUAUAUCAACCAUAAAAGCUCGUUUUGAGAAUCACUUUUAUCGAAGAAUAACAUCCGCACAGUUUGAUGUUCGAUACUUAGCAACGAAUGCAGAGCAAUUUAACGAGCCACAUAGUCAAAUAGUAAGGCGUGCAAGAAUAGUAACUGACCUAUGCCUACGUAUUAUAAAAGAAACUACAGAAUUGGAUGUACCAGCUCUUUAUCAUCAGUUAGUUGAUACAUAUCAUUCUUCAGAAUCAGAGGUUGACAUGGAAGAUGUAAAAGAUAAGCCUUCCACUAGUACUCAAAGAGCAACUUCAAGCAGAAAUUCGCGUCCACAAGAAGUGUUAGAUGAUUGGAAAGUAGCAUGUCGACAAUUAUUAGAAACUUUAUGGCAGUGUGAAGAUUCUAUUCCUUUUAGAGAGCCGGUUGACAGAUUGGAACAUCCAGAUUAUCAUCAGAUUAUAGAUACACCGAUGGAUUUACGUACUGUAAAAGAGGAUUUAUUAGGGGGCAAUUACGAAACUCCUGCAGAAUUUGCCAAAGAUAUGAAAUUAAUAUUUUCCAAUAGUCGGAAUUACAACACUAACAAACGAUCGAGGAUAUAUUCAAUGACAAUAAGAUUAUCGGCGAUGUUUGAGGAACAUAUGCGAAAAAUCAUUUCAAAUUGGAAAUCUGCCAGAAGACGCAAUAACAACAAACCAAAUGCCAAAGGGAAAGGGAAAGGGAAAGGUAAAAAGGGUGCGGUUCGAUUAACAAAUGGCACCGGACCUUCGAAAUCAAAACCUCGAUCGGAUGAUGAGGAAAUGAAUAGUGAGGAUGACGAUGAAGAUUUAGAUGAAGUAGGAAAGAAUAAUUCUAAUGUGUGCGCACCAGGACCAUCACGUUUGACAAAUGGUCAUACUAAACGUUCUGGCAACACAACACGGCCGACCCUAAAACUUCGAAUUCCUAGGGCUGCCGUAUCGAAAAAACCAAAAGAAAGUGAGAGUGAAGCUAGUGACUCGGAAGCUUCCGCAGAAAAUGAAAGUAGUGGUAGUGUACCUAUAAGAAGGACACGCGCAAGGAAAACAGUACCUAGUGUCAGUGCUGAUAGUAGUGAUUCCGGAGAAGUAUAUACACCUAGUGGUCGCGGUAAGCAAACUCGAAAAAAUCGUGCGAAAAAUAGCAAAAAUAGUAAACAAGUAAAAGCAAAACCGAAAUUAAAAUCCUACGAAGACAACAUCAGUGAUGUGGUAACUGAUGAUGAUGAUGAAGUGUUCACUACAAAUGAGUUUUCAGAUGAAGAAAGUGAAGAAGUAGUUGUUAAUAGAAGUAGAACAAGAUCACGGAAAUUAGCAUCUACGUCUGAGCACGAGGAUAACGUUAAAAGCGUAACGAAAAGUGGAAGAAACAACGUCGAAAGUCAGAGUGAAGAAGAUGAAGAAGAGGAAGAGGAAGAGGAAGAAGAAGAAGAGGAGGAGGAAGAGGAUGAUGAAGAAGAAGAACAGCGUCAAGAUAGGACGAAUAAUCAAGAUUCAGAUAGCGAAGAAUCGGAUAAAGUUUUUCGAUCAACGAAACCUCAACGAAGAGGAGUUCGUGGAUCAAGGGAAACGCAAAGUCAGGAACCUGUACAAAAUUCAAGAAGAAGCGGAAAACGUCCUCGUUACAAUGAAGAAAGUGAUGAAAGCAAUACAAUGCCAGUUAGGAAUCGACGUAAAAUUAAACGUCGGUAUUAUGCGGAAGAAAGUGACGAAAGUCCAGAGCCUGAAAAUGUACCAGGCAUUAGUAUAAGUAGUAGGGGACGUGUGCGUAGAAUGACAGAACGUGCACGGGCUUUCCGUGCUCUUUUAGAAUCACCCUAACAACAUCUUUUACGCUAGAAAUAAAAUGUAAAUUAUUAAUUAAUCUAUGAAAUAAUUCUUACAAACGAUUAUUUAAGAAUAUUGUAAAAAUUGAAAAUGUUAUUUGAUCAUGUUUGUUCUUUGAAACAUGCGACUGUAUCCAUAUUGUAGCAUUACACUAAAUUUGUGUAUGCCAGGAUAUUAUUGCCUGAAGAUCUUAGACUAAGAUUAUAGAUAGACAUACGUAUAAACACUUGAGAUUGUCAUAGCAAUUCAUGGUAAUUACAGCUAUAAAGUACUUCCAUUAUUAUAAAGCACAUCGAUAAUAUUAUUUUUUUAUGUUUAAAUACAGGAUCAGUUAACAAUGCAUAAGGCAAAUUUAAUAGCAAGCGGAAACAGUGUAAUUUUAUAAUGUUCUUUGGUUCUAUGGGCAUACCUUCUGUAUAGUUUUGUAAAUUUUAUCACAUCAUUACUUAUUUUCAUAUGAAGUAUUUAUAACAUAUAUACCAUUCCCGAUAUUCAAAAUGUAAUUACAAUUAAAUUGUUACAUGAUUAUUUUUACAAGAUAUUCUGAACUGUUAAUAAUGUAUGAUGUUUACAAAUACAGAUGGAAAAAUAUUUACAAAUUCUGAAUUUCUAUACAAUAACGGUAGCAAAAACGGAAUAGUAUAUAAUAGUGUUUGUAUUACAUUGUUAGAAAUAUGUUAUUGUACCUGGAAUGACAUGAAAAAAUGCCCAUCUUAUUCAGGGAAUAUAACGUUAAGCUUAGCUAAAAUUUCAAACUUCUGCUUGUUUAAACAAUGUUAAUUGACAAGUGAAAAGCUACUUUCAUGUAAAGAUCUUAAAAAGUAGAAAAAUGGCAUUAUCUAUUCGAACAUGUGAUUAAUAAAAAUGAUCAGUAUCAGUGCUUCUGUUUGCAUCUGAUGAAAUGAUGUAGUUAAAAAUACAAUGUAAGUCUUUUUAACAACAAUGACAUUUAUUUAAUGAAUUUAAUAUUUGUAUAUUCUUCUAAGAUAAUAUUUCAUUUAUUUUAAUAAAAAU